UUAUAGAUGCAAGUCUAUCAAGUGUAACUUGGCAGAUGUAGUUGGAUUUUAACUAUAUUGAACUACACCACUACAUUUGUGCAUUGCAAAGCGUGCGACAAAUUUUCGCGUGACAGAAGUGAUUGGUGAGAUAUCUGACGAGAGUUUUCGUGUUCUGAUGCAGCGAACUUUCUGAGAACACGGACUGCGUGUUUUGAAACGAGUGCCUUGCAUACCAUAAGAUUAUUAUGGUCUGGUGAAACGUUUGAAGGCUGAAUGUUGAUCCUACAAGAACGAUACACGAUGCACGGAAAUGCCACUUCGGAAUUAGUCUUUCAGUAUUUUGCUUCACAACAGUAAUUAAUAAACACAAAAAUUAUGUCGAAACCUGAUGCGCCGAAAUUUGUUAUAGCGCUUUUCUCCUUUAAAGGAAAGAAUAACGAUGAAUUGUGUUUUAAGAAAGGAGAUGUUAUAACGAUAACUCAAGUAGAUGAUGAAGGAUGGUGGGAGGGCACGUUACAUGACAAAACUGGUUGGUUCCCAUCUAAUUAUGUCAAAGAAUAUAGAAUUCCAGAUGGCAGUCACACAUCAAUUAAAACAUCUCCAGAAAGGAGUCCACAAGAAUCACCAGCGCAUCAAAAACUUAAUCGAGAUAUAGUAUUGAAGGAUAUUGUGGAUUCUGAAAGAGUAAAUGUAGCAGAACUGCAAGGUUUGGUGAAUAAUUUUUUGCAACCUCUUGAAACAUCAAAUAUAUUGAAGAAAGAUGAAUAUAAGCAGCUACUUGGUAAUAUACAUGAAGUCCUAGAAACUCAUCAAUGUUUGUUGGCAAAUGUAGAAGCAAGUAUCUUACAAGGACUCUCUGCAAGAGUAGGGAAUCUUUUUUUAACUAUUGCACCAAGGCUAAAAUCCAUUCAUACAGCAUAUUGUAAUAAUCAUCCACAAGCUGUUUGUAUAUUAGAUAGAUACAGAGACGAAUUAAAUGAAUUUAUGGAGCAUAGUGGAGCCAUAUCACCUGGUAUAUUGGUAUUAACUACUGGUCUUAGUAAACCGUUUCGAAGAUUGGAUAAGUAUUCUGCUAUGCUUCAAGAAUUAGAAAGGUAUACUGAAAAGAAUCAUCCCGAUAGAGGAGAUACUCAACGAAGUAUAGUAGUAUAUAGGGAAAUUGCGGAUCAUUGCGCUUCCAUCCGUAAGCAGCGUGAAUUAGCUCUUCAAAUAUUAACUAGUGGAAUCAAGGGGUGGGAAGGUGAAGAAUUAAGCUCACUGGGCGAGAUUAUUCAUGUUGGCUCUGUAACUCUAGCAACCGGCGUAGAUCGUAGAGAUAGAUACUUCGUUUUGUUUCCCACUACACUAUUGAUGCUUAGUACCAGUCCAAGAAUGAGUUCCUUUAUUUAUGAGGGAAAACUUCCAUUAACUGGCAUUAAUGUAACUGGAAUUGAAGAUAUAGAUGAAAUAAGAAAUGCUCUGGAGAUCACUGGACCAAUGAUUGAAAGUAUCGUCGUGCUGUGUGCCACAAAAGAAGAAAGACAGCGUUGGAUCGAUCUCUUGAUUCAGGAACAAGGCACCAGCCUGUUGAAAUCGCCAACCAUGUCUCGUCAGAUGAACAAUCAGACGAACGGGAAGCAUCAACGACCAACAAUGGAGCAUUGUAUGUCUCCAGGGAUUAAGACACCUUGGAGUCUCGCAUCAUUAAGACCUGCUCCUCCAAUUUAUUCUCUUAAGAGCUUUGGAAAGAUAGAUUCCACUACAGAUACAUCGCGUCCACCACGAUCAUGCAAUGAGCGGCAGUUUGAAGAAGAUGCGAUUAUAUUGAAAGUAAUAGAAGGCUAUUGUCUUACUGUCAACGCUAGAUUUACUGUACAUUCUGGAGAAUCUAAUUCAAUGAUAGAUUAUGAUUCACAAAAAUCACGCGACAGAAUAUCAUUUACGCAUAACAGAGGCAAUUGGGAAUCUUGUAACGAUAAGACAUUAACAGAAACCGUUAAAACCUUGAAGAAUCAAAUGACGGACUUGCAAUCACAAAUGUUACUACUAACAAAACAAUUAGAUGAGGAGAGAAGAUCUCGACUUUCAUUGGCUGCUACAGUAAAACGUAGCAUGGGAGUCAUAGAUGGAUAAAGAUGGCGAUAACUUCAAAGAAUAUGCAAUUAUAUCACAAGAAGAGUGUUCCAAAAUCCAUUUUACGCAAUGUUUAUUUCAUACGUACAAGUUAAUCAUAAAAUAUAUAUGUCGCGUGUUGGAAUGUUUUUAUAAAGUUUACUAUUUGCAUAAUAUAUAUAUAUAUGUGAUAAACAUAG